UUAUAAAAGCACCAAGACCUUUCUUUAUAUCAACGGCCAGAAAAGCCGUACCUCUACCGAACCCAAGAUCCAACGGUCCAAAUCUGUCCUCCCAACAAACACUGAUUCUAGGGUUUCUUCGAUUAUACACAUUAUGCUUCUUCUCUAGUCUGUCUUUCUAUCAACAGCUGAGCCAAACACAAAUACCCCUCUCACUUUCUCUACAAUUUUCCUUUCGAAUUUUCUCGAGAAACAAUCAUGGUGAAGGGCCCCGGUCUCUACUUGGAUAUCGGCAAGAAAGCCAGAGAUCUUCUUUACAAGGAUUACCAAAGCGACCACAAGUUCACCGUUACCACUUACACUUCUACUGGAGUUGCAAUCAGUUCAACUGGAAUUAGGAAGGGUGACCUCUAUCUGGGAGAUGUGAGCACUCAGCUGAAGAACAAGAACAUCACAACUGAUGUAAAAGUUGACACUGACUCUAAUCUUCGCACAACCAUUACCAUUGAUGAGCCUGCACCUGGUCUAAAGGCAAUCUUUAGCUUUAUUGUACCUGACCAGAGAUCUGGCAAGGUGGAGCUCCAAUAUCAGCAUGAGUAUGCUGGAAUAAGUACUAGCAUUGGGUUGACUGCCAAUCCGAUUGUUAACUUUUCUGGUGUUGUUGGGAACAAUCUUCUCUCGCUUGGAACAGAUCUUUCCUUUGAUACAGCCUCUGGAAACUUCACAAAAUGGAAUGCAGGGUUGAAUUUCACCCAUACUGAUCUCAUUGCUUCCCUUAUACUGAAUGAUAAAGCCGACACUGUUACUGCCUCCUACUACCACACUGUAAGUCCACUCACCAACACUGCUGUUGGCGCGGAGCUCUCCCAUAGCUUUUCAAGCAAUGAAAACAGUCUCACAAUUGGAACUCAGCAUGCGCUUGACCCCCUAACCACAGUGAAGGGUCGUGUGAAUAACUAUGGCAGGGCAAGUGCUCUCAUCCAGCAUGAGUGGCGCCCCAAAUCUUUCUUCACCAUCUCAGGAGAGGUUGAUACCCGGGCAAUCGAAAAGAGUGCAAAGAUCGGUUUGGCCUUGGCACUCAAGCCAUAGGCUUAAGCGGGUAUCCGGUGCAAAUGGGAAGGUGGGUUCAGUUUUUGCAUGGUGGAGGGCAAUAAGGGUAGUUAGAUAGAAGAAGAAUUUUCUCUGAUGAACUUGUGGUCCUAUUGUGGUGCUAUUCGUUUUUCAUUUCAUAUCUUGGUGGUAAUGGGUUGUAUAAAAUAAUUGGCACGGACCGAUAUCAUAUUCCUUCCGAAUUUCCGGCCAUCCCAAAGUCAAUGGAGGGUGUACUUCGAAGUUUAAACACAAUUUUAAUGGGGAGUUUCGUCACCUGAUAGUUUCAUGCA